AUGGAGGGAGGUGGAGCAGUGAUGAAAGGAAUUUAUGAGAAAUAUCUGGAGCUGCCUGCAGUUGUAGGGAAUUCAAAGUAUAAUGCUUUUAGAGGCAUAAAGGAGAGAGUGUGGAAAAAGAUUAACAAUUGGAAAAACUCUUUUCUGUCUGUUGCAGGGAAAGAUGUCUUAAUCAAAGUUGUCCUUCAAGCUGUGCCCACCUACACAAUGAGUGUGUUACAACUUCCAAAACAAUUAUGUAAGGAGCUUAAUGUUAUGCUUGGUGGGUUUUGGUGGGGUAAUCAUAAAAAAGGGAAUGAUGUACACUGGUGCUGUUGGGAGAGGAUGGGGAAACAGAAAGGGAAAGGGAAUCUAGGCUAUAGGGAUAUAGAGAGCUUCAACAUGGCUAUUUUGGCUAGGCUGCUUUAG